AGAAUACCGCAGGGUCAAGGAGGUAUGAAGGCUGACAAACGUUAAGUGAGAUACAGCUCUGAAGGAUACAAAGCGUUUGGAGCAAACUACAGGGACGCGCUUGGCUAUGCUCUGCUCUCGUCAGAAUGGGUGAGGGUCAGACCUACGUGAAGCUCAAUGAAGAGAAGCUCAUAUCAAAGUCUGACAUCUUGUCACUGCUCAGAACCUACAACUGUUACCAUGAAGGGAAAAACUUCCAGCUGAGAACGCGCGAGGAGAAUGGAGACCUCAUUCUCGAGGGUUUGCUGAAUAUCUACUGGGGUCUUCGUCGACCAAUCAGGCUCCAGAUGCACGAUGACAACGAAAGGUUCCGUUACGCCGCCACAGGAUUCAAUCGGAACGACAGAUCUGCAGUGGCAAAGUCAGUGUCAGUGGAGUCCAACAAUAAUUCACCAGGCAGAGAAACUGUACCAACGAGUGGUGACACGAGCAGCGGUCUGGAGGAAGAGGAGGUUCCUCAGCUGCUGAGGACCAGGAGUGACGCUUCCUUCAUGGGAGUUCAGAGGAGGUCGAAGACACAAAGUGCCCGAGACCUGCAACGCCUUCGCACACACAGGUUCUCCAUCAACGGACACUUCUAUAACCACAAGACAUCUGUUUUUACUCCAGCCUAUGGCUCGGUCACAAAUGUGCGGGUCAAUAGCUCCAUGACGACUGUUCAAGUCCUCGACCUGCUGCUACACAAAUUCAGGGUGGAGAAUAAAUCUGACGAGUUUGUUCUUUAUAUGGUGCAUGAGUCUGGAGAGCGGACUAGACUGAGGGAUGGCGAGUACCCACUGGUGGCACGGGUGCUUUACGGACCCUGUGAGAAAAUAUCCAAGAUCUUCAUCAUGGAGGCAGACCUCGGAGAGGAAGUCACAUACGAUGUUGCCCAGUACAUAAAGUUUGAGAUUCCCGUUUUAGACAGCUUUGUGGAGAAACUUAAAGAGGAAGAGGAGCGCGAGAUACUGAAACUGACCAAAAAGUACAGCGCUCUGAGGUCCAUGAUCUUACAUCAAAUUGCAGGCAUAGAUCACAACAGUGAUAGAGUAUGAAUGUGCCUGUAUGUACUGAUGUAAUGUGUGUGUGUGUGUGUGUGUGUGUGUGUGUGUGUGUGUGUGUGUGUGUAUGUGUGUGAGUGUGUGUGCGAAGGGCGGUUGAGUGUAGGGACAAGUCGAGCUGGACAACACCAUGCUGAUUUGCCGACCGAAUACGGAAACAUUUGCAAAUACAAUAAGGAAUGUAGAGUUAAAGGUAAUAAAUAACGGCUGCAAUAGAACCAUAUCAUACACCAAUGUGCUUCUACUUUUGGACUGAUAGAUCUUUACAAUUUCUACUGUAUAUUCUGUUACCAUUGCUUUGAUAUCAAUUAUAUUGGUAUAUUCACAUUUUGUAUAAGAGAUCUUAUGUAAGAGGUUGUGCUCUACAGAUAUUUAUAAUUCUAUAUGAUGUUUUUGGCAAUUUUUUUUCUGACACGGAUGUUUUUAUGUAAUAAUAAAGCAGUUUUAGCCUGG